AUGGCUACCAUUCCUGAAGGCGCUAACGUGCAAAUCAUCUCCAAGAACGAAAAGAAGGCGAGAGAGCUCAUCAAGAAGACUGGCCUCAAGCAGAUCAAGGGCAUCACCCGCGUCACCUUCAAGCAGCGCGGCAACUUGAUCUACGCCAUCGACGCCCCCGAAGUGUACAAGUCCGUUGGCGGCCUGUACGUCGUGUUUGGCGAAGCCAAGGUCGACGACUUGAACAAGAGAAUGAUGGAAGCUCAAGCCCAACAAGCCCAACAACAGGAAUUGGCUAAGGCCGCCGCCGCCGCCUCGGGUGAGACUGUCGACAAGUCGCCGGAAGCGAUCACCGCCGACUUGGAAGCCGCUUCUCUUCAAGACAACAAGAUUGAGGAAGUCGAAGACGACGACGAAGCCGUCGACGAAACCGGCUUGGACGCUAAGGACAUCGACAUUAUCGUCGAACAAACUCAAGUGUCGCGCGGUAAGGCCGCCAAGGCGUUGAGAAAGCACAAGGGUGACAUGGUCAACGCCAUCAUGGAACUCUCGUAA